UUGUUUGAUAACGUCUGCUUCGAAGAGACCAUAGGAAAGCGCAGAAGGUGUGGCGCGUUAAUUCAUUUAUUUAUCGACCGACACAGUAAUUAGAGGAUGAUCUUUGUUGUUUGUUGUUGUUUCAGCUAGUUGGCUAAUUAAACUCCGGUGACUUUUCUCCCAUAAAACGCGUCAGAAAUGGAGGAAUAGGCUACAAAGGCAGGGCUUGAAGGGGGAAAAUAUCUUGUUUGGGCGGAGUGAGUGUUGAUCGGUCAAGCUCAGGUCCACCGUGUGCACAAAUCAAAGAAGCAGGUUCCUGGUUUUGUGUUCACAUCCAUAUCGUCUGAAAAGUUUGGCACGGAGAAACUUCCCCGCUGUGUUUCUGAAGUCGUCUGCUAAGCGAAUUCCGGAGCAGCAUCAUUCACACUACGCUAGUCUCUACUAGGACAAGUAGAUCACUUGCGCAUCUUGCUGCAACAUGUCGGCUCCAGGUUAUCCAUCUCCACACCAGGCUCCAUACCCCAUGCCCCAAAUGGGUGACUCUGUACCCCCCUACCCAAUAGGGGGUUACGGGGAUCAUGGUUCUGCCCCCCCACCUGCAGGUUUCUAUAUGGGGUAUCAAGCCAACCCAAAUCAACCAGUCAUGUACCAGCCAAGCCCGGGUGGCCCACCACAGCAACCAGUCCAGAUGACUGCAUAUGGAGGUGAUGCUCCAUUACACACUGGCCCUUCUGCAGUGCCAGUAGGAGUACCACCAGGUCUAGAAUAUUUAACACAGAUUGACCAGAUCCUGAUUCACCAAAAAGUAGAGCUUUUGGAAGCUUUCAUUGGCUUUGAGACCAACAAUCAAUAUGAGAUCAAGAACAGCGUGGGCCAGAAGAUCUACAAGGCCAAGGAGAAGAACGACUGCUGCACACGUAACUGCUGUGGUUCACUGAGGAGCUUUGACAUGAAGAUUAAAGACAACAGUGAUCGCGAGGUCAUACGGCUGAUUCGCCCUUUUCGCUGCGCCUCCUGCUGGUGUCCCUGCUGCAUGCAAGAGCUGGAAGUGCAGGCACCCCCUGGCACUACCAUCGGAUAUGUGACCCAAGACUGGCAUCCCUGUUACCCAAAAUUCUCCAUCAAGGGUGCCAACAAAGAGACUCUGAUGAAACUAGAGGGACCCUGCUUAGCCUGCAACUGCUGUGGUGAUGUCAACUUCGAGCUGAAGGGCAAGGAUGGAGGAAAGUCUAUUGGUCGAAUCAGUAAGCAGUGGAGUGGACUACUAAAGGAGGCGUUCACUGACGCAGACAACUUCGGCAUCCAGUUUCCCUUGGACAUGGACGUGAAAAUGAAAGCUGUCCUGAUGGGAGCUUGCUUCCUUAUUGAUUUUAUAUUCUUUGAAAAAGUGGGAGACUCCAACCAACGUAACACGGUCUUCUCUUAGAGAAGUUGAAAUUCAACAUGCCUUCAUUCCUCUUAUCUUUUUAUGACCCAAAUACCACAAAAGAUUGAGAUACCUUAUCCAUCUCCUGUUGCUCAAAUCCAGCAUUAUUAGGCCUUCAACAGACUCUUACUGCUUUCUCUCACUUUAUAAUUUCACAUCUGACCCAUAGGAAACAGAAGGACAUUUGUAUGACAAAGGAAUGUGUUCAACCCAAACCAGUCUUUCACGUACAUCCAUGUUUGUUCACAAGUGAUAUGCAUGCCAUUUUCUUGACACACCCACAAUACUAAUGCCUUUUAGUUUAAACUGUAUUGUAUUCAGUGGUGUUGAGUUUUCUGACACUGUCCCACUUAUAACAAAGUAUAAUUGUAUCGUAUGAUUUGUAUAGACUUUCAUGAAUCAGGUUUUGCUGUCUUGCUGAAAAACCACUUUUUGUUACCAUCAAAUAGUCUUCAACUUUUUAAAGAUUGUGUAGACUUUACUGAUUACACCAACAGUGCUACAUCAUACCUCUUAUCUAAAAUUGUGAAGAUUUCUUUUGUGACAUGUUAUAACCUCAUUAUAUAGGUUUAGACAAAUUAUCUAAUGUAGUCUAGAAAUUAGUAUACUAAUUAUAUCCUCAAUUCUUAAUCUCACAGGUUUAUAUAUGCACCUCCUUACUUUCAUAACUGCAUAUUUCCUAUUAGCUGGCACUAAUUUAUAGUUACUUACAGGAUUUACUAAAUAAUACAGCUGAUGUAUAACUGAAUAAAAACCUGGGCAGUUAAGGGUUUAAUUGUUGGCUCCCACACAUCUGGAUACUGUACCAGUUAGUGAGGGGAAAAUCUGAGCAGUAACUGGGAGGACGCCUACUGGAAAUUAUUUCUUUUAUUUCAGUUCUUUUUCUGUAUUCCCUGUGGUGGAGGAUGACAUGCCUAAAGAACCCACUGUGUUACCAGUGUAUGGAAAAGGAUAGAGUGCACAGUAACAGACCUUGGUCAAAAGUGUCCAGUGUAACAGGAAACGGAAGUUUGCUUUACUGGAAAUGGAACCGCUUUCUUACUUAACAAACGUAUGAAAGCAAGCAACUUGCAAUGUUUUUAUCUUCACCAUGUACAUGAUCGAACCAUGUAAACACACCCGAUGUUAAUGUGACUUGUCAAUGUGGUUUAAUUUGCUUGUCCAAAUGUUUGCCUGUACACACAACUAAUUUAUGCUACUAAUUUUGUGCUGUCUGAGCUGUCCAUAUUUUUCACCAAAAGCUAAAGUUUAGCCAAAUUCUUCAUAAUAUAUUAGUUAAAUGAAGGCUUUCCAAAGAUUUCAUAGAAAUUAAGUAUGCUGGUAUUGGUAUGUCCCUGAAGAAGGCUUACAUUAUCCUGUACUUAACCUACCUUUGUCAUUAUAUGUUAAAAUAUGCAUGUCAUAAAGUGUAAAAUGAUAACCUUAACUCUGAGAAGGCUUUAUUUACCUGUGAUAUAAUUAACAUAACUAAUAAACAUUUACUAUGUUAAUGAUUCAUUCAAAAGUUUGAUUCCUACACAGCUACUGUACAAUUGCAUAACCUGAUCAUUCAGCACCACACUCUUUCAAGUAUUUGGAAAGUUCUGUCUCAUUCUACUGGUAAAAAUUUUUAUAAGCAGGUUGCUGGGUGUGAUAUGUACAUGCUUUUGUAUUCAAAAGACAAAUUUCCAUGGAAGGACUAAAAUAGCUAAUGUAACCCAGUCCAAAACAAUGACUGCUGCUUUAAUACAGUCCAGUACGCCACCUCCUGUUUGUUUGAUUACUAAAGAUACUAAAAAAAUGUUCAUCUUUA